UGCUCCUGGGAUGUCAGCAUGGCGGCGUUCGCAGAUUUGGAUCUAAGACCGGGCUCAGACCUGAAGGCUUUGCGCGGACUCGUGGAGACUGCUGCUCACCUUGGAUACUCGGUUGUUGCCAUCAAUCACAUUGUUGACUUUAAGGAAAAGAAACGGGAAAUUGAAAAGCCAAUAGCAGUUUCAGAACUCUUCACAACUUUACCAAUUGUACAGGGAAAAUCACGACCAAUUAAAAUUUUAACUAGAUUGACAAUUAUAGUUACAGAUCCAUCUCACUGUAAUGUUUUGAGAGCAACUUCUUCAAGGGUCCGGCUGUAUGACAUUGUUGCAGUGUUUCCAAAGACAGAAAAACUUUUUCAUGUUGCUUGUACACAUUUGGAUGUGGAUUUAGUCUGUAUAACUGUAACAGAGAAAUUACCAUUUUACUUCAAAAGACCCCCUAUUAAUGUGGCAAUUGAGCGAGGCCUGGGCUUUGAACUUGUGUAUGGUCCUGCUAUCAGAGACGCAACAAUGAGAAGGUACACUAUCUCCAAUGCCCUCAAUUUGAUGCAGAUCUGCAAAGGAAAGAAUGUAAUUCUGUCCAGUGCUGCAGAGAGGCCUUUGGAAAUAAGAGGACCAUAUGAUGUGGCGAACUUAGGGCUGCUGUUUGGGCUGUCUGAAAAUGAAGGCAAGGCUGCCGUGUCCACAAAUUGCCGAGCCGUAUUUCUUCAUGGAGAAACUAGAAAAACUGCUUUUGGAAUUAUUUCUACAGUGAAGAAACCUCGGUCAUCAGAAGCGGAUGAUGAAUCUCUUCCAGCAUGCAAGAAGGCUAAAUGUGAGGGCUGAGAAGACAGCCUGAGUCUCCGUCACUGCCUCCUCCCCGUCAUAGCUCAUCAGUCACUGCAGAAAUAAAACUCUGCUGAGUUGUUAUUUUCAUUAAACUGGAAACCAACAGUCUAUAAAAGCAGUUUUAUAUUCAGACCUUAAAACAUCAAAUAAAACCCAGUGAAGCAUUUUUCAAAGACUAGCAGUUUAAUUAAUUUAGAUAUACUUUAAGAGAAAAACUAUUUUAUCCUUCAUGUAAGGUACACUGAAAUAAGAUGCCUCUGUAUUGUAAGACAUUGAAAAUUAAUAAAUUAAUGUUUUUCUACUUGGUA